CUAUGUAGGUUAUGUUUGUUAUUAUUAAUUGUCAAUAGCCCCGUAAAUAAAAUAUUUUUGUUUAAAACAUCCUUUGAUCAAUUAGUUAAAAAUGUCAAAUGAAUUGCCAAGCUGUUCGACAUCGUGUCAAACUGAAGACUUCAAAGAAUUGUCGCUUGUGCAAGGAAUUAAUGUGUGGGGAACGAACCAGAGUGUUUUAGAGGAACAGGCGUUAAAAGAACUCGAAUUAUUUUCAAAGGAAACAACCACUGCCACUGAUAAACUUGAAGAUGGUGAGAUUGAGGACAAUGUGCAGCAAACUAAAUCUACCUCGUUGGAUGUAAACAGCUACAUUAAACAACAGGAGGAGUUUAAGAAACGUAAGGAGCAACUUAAAUCGUCGCAGGUUAGUGAGCAAAGUAGAAAUGCAGCUGAGAAUAUUUGUAAGAAACAGAGAAUUCAUAAAGCAAAACGGAAAAGGAGUGUUAAUAACUAUGAAAGUAAGGUGGCAUCUAUAUCUAUCUGUGAAAAAAAUGAUAACACAGAAGAUAAUAAAAUAAGUGAAAUUGACAAAAAUGCUGACGAUGAGAAGUCUGGAAGUGAAUAUAUCCCUUCUGAUUUAGAUGAUAGUGAUUAUGAGCCCAAUCCAACAAAAACCACAGUUGAAAAAAUAGUUAAACAAAGAAAAAGUUUAAAGCAAAACUUUGACAAAGUGAAAGAUGAUGGAUUAAUUUCUUGUUACAAAGAAAGACUUCAUAAUUAUUAUACAAAAUUGGAGGAAGAAGCUGAAUUAAAAGCACUUGACCCAGAUGCUGAUGGUAAUUCUUCUGAAGAUGACAUUAAAGAGUUAAAAGGGGGGUUGAAAAUACCCAGAAAUGUAUGGGAGAGACUGUAUGGUUAUCAAAAAGAAGGUAUAAAGUGGUUAUGGAGCCUUCACACAAACGCAACUGGGGGUUUAUUGGGCGACGAAAUGGGCUUGGGUAAAACAGUACAGGUCAUUGUAUUCCUUCAUUCUUUGGAGUUUAGUAAAGUUGCAAGUCAUGGAAGGUUUGUUGGAUUGGGGGCUUCAAUAAUUGCAUGCCCCGCUACAGUCAUACAUCAAUGGGUGCAGCAUUUUCACGAGUGGGCCCCAGAAAUAAGGGUUGCUGUUUUACAUCAGUCAGGAACUUAUCAAGGAAAUAAAUCAAAACUUAUACGUGAAAUUCACGAAUGCAAGGGCAUAAUACUAACGACAUAUCUGGGAAUUUUAAAAUACAAAGGAAACCUAAUAGAACACAAUUGGCACUAUUUAAUACUCGAUGAAGGCCACAAAAUACGAAAUCCGGGGGCAAAAAUAAGCGUUGCAGUAAAACAAAUACGAACGCCGUAUCGUUUGAUGUUGACCGGCAGUCCGAUGCAAAAUAACUUGACCGAAUUGUGGAGUUUGUUUGACUUUACCAAUCCCGGAAUGUUGGGAAAUUUGCAGGUUUUUACGGAACAUUUUGCCAAUCCUAUUUUGCAUGGGGGCUUCGCAAAUGCUACACCAAUGCAGGAAGCCACUGCCUUAUCAGUGGCAUUAACUCUAAAAAACGUCAUAGAUCCUUAUUUACUAAGAAGAACAAAAGCCGAAGUCCAACAUCACAUUUUGCUUCCAAACAAAAGCGAACAAGUUCUUUUUUGCUCCCUUACAAAAGAACAAAAGGACCUUUAUAAAGGAUAUUUAAUGAGCGAACAAGUUAAUUCUAUAUUAGGAAGAGGUGUACAAAAAUGGUAUUCUGAUAAGUACUUAAGAGGGAGCGUAUUGGUAGCUAUUACAACUCUAAGGAAAAUUUGUAAUCAUCCUGACCUUUAUUUGUAUGACACGGAGGAUUAUAAUCAGGAUGUGGAAAACACUCCAGUAGAAGAAAAGUUUGGGUUCUACAAGCGAUCGGGAAAAAUGGUUGUGGUGUCGGCCCUGUUGAAAAUAUGGAAGAAACAAAAACACAGAGUGCUUUUGUUUACUCAAGGUCGCGCUAUGAUUACGAUUUUUCAGGAAUUUUUAGAACAACAUGGGUAUACAUAUGUAAAAAUGGAUGGAAGCACAUCAAUAAGCACUCGCCAGCCUCUCAUAGACAAAUUUAACAACGAUGAUUCGAUUGAUGUAUUUCUUUCCACAACAAGGGUUGGUGGGUUAGGUGUAAAUUUAACAGGUGCAGAUAGAGUUAUUAUCUACGAUCCUGAUUGGAAUCCUGCUACAGACACACAAGCAAGAGAAAGAGCCUGGAGGAUUGGCCAGGAUAAGCAGGUUACAGUAUACAGAUUGGUUUCAGCAGGAACUAUAGAGGAAAAAAUGUAUCAAAGACAAGUAUGGAAACAACUUCUCAGCAACAAGAUAUUAAUUGACCCGAAAACGCAUAGAUUUUUUAAAUCUUCCGAUCUCUACGAUUUAUUUUCCCUUCAGGAAUCGCCUGAGAAUAACGAAACAGCAAAUAUUUUCCACGAUUCCAGGGUGAAGAUCCAGGAGAGAAUUCAGAAUGAAACGAAAACAAAAAGAAAUAAAAAGAAGUCAAUGGAAGUCCCAACAGAAGAUCUGAAAUUCACUGAUGAUAAAAUACAAGCUAUGAAGGAUUUGGCAAAGAAAAUCUCUGCAGGUAUGACAGGGAAAAAAGAGGAAGUUAAGAAGACCGGUUAUCAAAAAGAGCUGGAUGAAGAAAGACAGAAAAAAUUAAAAGAGAAAGCGGAGCUAAAGAAAUUAACACCAAUGGAAUUGAUUAUUUACAACAGAAAAAAGGCUGAGCAAAAACAGCAAGAAGCUUUAAAUAAAAUUGAUGACUUGGAUACUAAUGCGAGUUUUUCCAAAGCUUUGGAGUUUUCUGAGAAAACAUCAAAAUUGUAUCAUGAUUUAACUUUAAAGAAAAUCAAAGAAAUUGAUGUAAAAAAUAAUGAAGAAGAAAAAAAGGCCGAAAAACCUGAGAAGAUUAAAAGGAAAAGAUCUGAAAGUGAAGACGAAGAAAAUCCAAGGAAGAAACAUAAAAAGAAAAGUAAGGAUAAAUCUAAAAAUGUCAUUGUUGAUACGUCAAGAAAAGUGGAUGGGGAAGAAAUUGAAGGACUUGUUAAAAGUGAAAUCACAAAGAAAAAGAAGAAAGAGAUGGAAAAGUCCAGAAAAGAAGACAACUUUGUUUUAGAGAAACUAUUUUCCAAAAAAGGUGUAUCUGGAGCCUUAGAGCAUGACACAAUAAUGCAAGGUAAGAGGCCUGAAAACUCCCUUAGAAUUCAUACAGAGGCCAAAAAUAGAGCCACAAAAUCACUGGAGGCUCUAAGAAAAUCUAGAGUAGAUAAUUGGAGAUGGUGAAAAUAUUUUUUUGUUUAUAUUUUUUUAACU